UAUGCAGACCAUGUCGGCAUCCACUAUGUGCUCUGUUCCAAGCUGCGCCAGUUUGCCUACGAGGAGCUCGAGUUCUUCCUCCCGCAGUACGUCGCCGUGACCCAAUUGCCGACCCCACGAACAGCUAGCUUACACAGGCGGGCAACAGGCUAUGUCACCUCCUUAUAAGCAUCGACAAUGAGUCCAUGGCCCUGGAGGAGUUCAUAAUAGACUUGUGCGAGGAAUCUGUCAACGGCGCGCUUCUGACGUUCUGGCUAUUCCAAACCUACCUCCACGACCUUGCGAGCGCCCCGAGCUCAAUCGCCUUCCAGACGUGUCGGAGGAUAUACAAUCGUGUGCAGCGCAUCGUCUUUGGCUCUGCCGAGCCCCAACGGAGAGAAAAGAUCAAGGAGAACGUCUUGCCUGUCACCCUACUCUCAAGUUUAGUCCUAGCGAGCAUUGCAGCGCCAUUCUUGCCCGUGCAUGCUGGACCGUUGGCCAUUGCCCAGGCGCGGAAACCGAGGCCCAUCGAGGACAUCAUCUCGGACAAUGUACAGACGGCGAAAGUGGGGAGGAGCAAUACAGUGGCGUCAGCAUCACCACGACUGAAACAGAGGAGGACUGGAAAGGGAUAUUCAGACCCAGAAGAUGGCCGGUCGUCCAAGCCUUCUUCGCCCCGACCCAAGGAGGCGCGAGACUCUAAAGACGUGAGGAAACCGGCUGCACGACCGCCAAAUACCCCACGAGCGCCUUCGAUGCAACAUCGGCCAUCGCUGCUGUCAGUCGCACACGACGCCCGUCUAAGCUCGUCAUCCUUACCAGACUUUCGAGAUUCCCGGACGUCUCCACUACCUACACCUCCUGCAACUGCUGGGUUAGGACCAAAGCCAGACCACUUCGGCCCUCGCAGGCUUAUAUCACAGCCAUCAAGACCUCUCACACCGACUGCAUUUUCUCGUUCGCAAAAGGUGCGACUGCUGCGAUCGAACUAUUUCCGGAACGAGACCCAGUUUCUAAGUGCUCUUGAAGAUAUUUCCAAUCGCCUAGUCGUUGUCCCGAAACCCGCUCGUCUGAGCGCUUUAAGGGCGGAGCUCGCUCUGAUUGCCCAGGAUCUGCCAACUGAAGUUGACAUACCCACCCUUUCUCCCCCGACUCUCAAGGACGGAAUUGCUUCGCAGAGUCAACAUCAUCGGAUAGUGCGAAUCAACCCAGCCGAAGCUACCAGUCUCAACAGUGCAGAGCGAGUGCCCUAUCUACUGAUGGUAGAAGUCUUGCAGGAGGACUUUGACUUUGACCCAGAUACAGAGCAAAAUCAACAACUUUUAGAGAAGCUCAUGUUGGAGAAGGGGACAUCACGACGACGCCUUUUCGACAUCACCAGCGCCGAAUACCUCGCGCUUGAUAGAACACCGCCGAAUGGAGUUGACAGUGUCUUUGAACCUGCUAAUGGUGACCUCGGUAGCACCUCGCUCAUCAAGGAUCUGGAUGGAGAUGAUAUUGCCUCUGGAUUAGCACGAGUUACACUACCGAGUACAAGCGCCAACGGAAAAGCCACGGCACCCAGAUCAUCAAGUAGAGCUAAUACUUCAUCUUCGAUGGCCACUUUAUCUACUCCACGAACGUCAGAUUCGGCGAUCAGCAGGUCCAACAGCCCUGUACCUCUGCACAGGAGAAUGACAAUUGCCAGCAGUAGCAAUCGAGGAAUCCAGAGUGUCGACCAGACGGACUUCUCCGCCCUUGCAACGCACAUGCGAACAGCUGCGCAAAUGCUCGCACAGCUUGAAGCGAGCAGUGCGAAACGGCCAAAGACCGAAGUUGCAGCCAUCAAAGCCAAGAUUAUCGCAAGCAUGCAGAGUUUAGAAGAGCAGAACUUUCUUCUGGAGGACCAGGGUCCAACAUUUGACACAAUCUUGGCAGAGUCAGAUCCGACAGCCAUUACAGCAGAGCCGGAAGAUCUUGAAGGGGGAAUGGUGGACACAACUAACUCUGGGGCAGGUGCAGCCCGUAUGGAAAAUGACCUCAAGACUGGUGGAAUGCGAAGAAAAGGCGACCGAGACGAUCCCAGCGCCGCGACUUUUGGUGAAGAGUGGAGUGCGAAGCGGGAGCGCGUACGACGAUCCUCACCCUACGGUCACAUGAAAAACUGGGAUCUCAUCAGUGUUAUCGUUAAGACGGGCGCAGAUCUGCGCCAGGAGGCAUUCGCCUGUCAGCUCAUUGAAGUAUGCGCAAAGAUCUGGGAAGAAGCCAACGUACCCGUUUGGACAAAGCGAAUGCGCAUCCUUGUUACAGGGGAAUCAUCUGGCCUCAUCGAAACAAUUACCAACGGCGUCUCCCUCCACUCCCUCAAACGCAGUUUAACACUAGCCAGCAUAGCAGCUGGGACCAACCCCCGCAAACGCAUCGCCACUCUCAAAGACCACUGGCUCAAGACUUUUGGCGAGCCAGAGUCGGAGUCUUACAUCGCCGGUGUAGAUGCGUUUACGCGCUCUUUAGCUGCAUAUAGCAUGAUAUGCUACGUCCUUCAACUCAAAGAUCGGCACAAUGGAAACCUCCUCAUCGACAAUAUGGGCCACAUCAUCCACAUUGAUUUCGGCUUCAUGCUGUCGAAUUCCCCAGGAUCUAUGGGUUUCGAAGCUGCGCCCUUCAAGUUGACACAAGACUACGUCGAUGUUCUCGGUGGCGUCACUAGUCCUGCGUUUGAAGAGUUCAAAGCCUUGUCUAAGAGAGCAUUCCAGGCUCUCAGGAAGGACGCGGAGAGACUGAUCAUGCUUGUCGAUCUGAUGAGCAAGCAGAGUAAGAUGGAUUGUUUCAAAGCGGGAGCAGCGAGCGUCACAAAUUCGCUGAGGGCGAGACUCAUGCUACACUUGAGCCGUGAAGAGGCAGAGACUUUUGUCGAUGAGUUGAUUGCGAAAAGUGUGGGGAGUUAUUAUACCCGGCUUUACGAUACUUUCCAGUACCGCACGCAAGGCAUAUACUAGUGGUGUUUUUGCAGCACCUUAUCCUAUCCUGAUACGUAUUCUAGCUCUUGGCCUGUUACCUGCAUUUCCCCGGCGUCAUCUCGCGAGUCUCGUAGAAAGUUUGGGUAGAAGAACAAUUGCAGUAGCAGUUCAGCCAAAAAAAUUCAAUCUUAUAUCUUGGAGAGACACCACGCUCUCUUCCUGCAGCUAG